GUGAUCGAGGACAGUCUUCAAUUUCUGGAGAUUAUAUCCCAGUUGUUCCGGGUGAAAGAUUUGGAGGAAGUGAUACUACUUAUAUUGAUGGUCAGAAAGCACAUAGCAUGGCAUCCUGGGACACUGUGUUGAAGCAAUGCAAUGCAGAAUUGCAGAGUGAUCCUUCGUUUGUACCAUUUUCUUCCAUACCAUCGAGUUUGAUAGGAAACACUGUAGAACAAGAACGUAAUGACUUUGGUGAUCUCUUAGGGAGCAAAAGUAGCCUCACUGAGGAGGCAGGGAGCUCGCAAUCUAUCCAAUCAAACUGGCAGAUUCCUUUUGAAGAAAGUUCAGGACGCUUGCCAAACUUCACCCAAUCAUUGAGUUUGGAAUUUGGAUCCGAUUAUAUAUCUGGUUUAGUUGGGAAUGAAACACUUAAUGCAAGUUCUGAAAUUGAUCCUCACCUGUUUAACUUUCAUGGUGAGCCGAAAGAGCAGCAUGUGCAACAACACUAUCCAGAACGGCAUGCAGAUGGACAAUCUCAGUAUGCACUUCAAUCCAAUUCUCUGAAUAAAGUUCUUGGUGAAGAAAGUCUCAACCAUGCUUUCACAGCAAAGCGCACAUUAUUGGAUGGAGACGAGAGCCUGAAAAAAGUUGAUAGCUUCUCUAGGUGGAUUACUAAAACCCUUGGAGAGGUGGAUGAUUUGAAUAUGCAGUCUUCAGCUGGUAUUUCAUGGGGUACAGAUGAAUCUGGGCAUGUGAUAGAUGAUUCCUCAUUGAGCCCGUCCCUUUCUCAGGAUCAGCUGUUUAGCAUAAAUGAAUUUUCCCCCAAAUGGGCUUAUGCUGAAGUGGAAACUGAGGUGGUAAUUGUUGGAUCUUUUUUGAAGUAUCAACCGGAGGUGUCAACCUCUAACUGGUCCUGUAUGUUUGGGGAAGUGGAGGUCCCUGCUGAGGUUUUAACUAAUGGAAUUCUGUGUUGCCAGGCUCCACCUCAUAAGGUUGGACGGGUUCCUUUCUAUGUAACAUGUUCAAAUAGAUUAGCUUGCAGUGAAGUGCGUGAAUUCGACUAUAGAGAAGGCUUUUCUGGAAAUGUAGAAUUUGCAGAUUUUUAUAACGAUUCAACUGAAAGGCUGCUGCAUUUGCGAUUGGAAGAGUUUCUGUCCUCAAAACCAGUGUGCCCAUCUAAACAAACCUUUGAGAAUGAUAUGGAGAAAAGAGAUGUAAUUUUAAAGCUUAUUUUCUUAAGAGAGGAAGAGGAAUUCUCGAGUAAGGAAGAGCAACAUGUAGAAUCUGAUACAUCCUCACAGAAGGUGAAGGCGCAUCUGUUUCACAGGCAGAUUAAAGAGAAGCUGUACUCAUGGCUUCUGCACAAAGUAACGGAAAGUGAUAAAGGUCCUAAUGUGUUAGAUAAGGAUGGACAGGGUGUUUUACAUUUAGCAGCUGCUCUUGGGUAUGAUUGGGCUAUACAACCAAUUUUAACUGCUGGAGGUGGUAUCAAUUUCCGUGAUGUAAAUGGAUGGACAGCCCUACAUUGGGCUGCAUCCUGUGGCAGAGAGCGGACGGUGGUUGUCCUUGUCACCAUGGGUGCAAAUUCUGGAGCAUUGACAGAUCCAUCUCCAGCAUUUCCAACCGGAAGAACAGCUUCAGAGCUUGCCUCUACCAAUGGGCACAAAGGAAUAUCUGGUUUCCUUGGUGAAUCUUUAUUAACCAGUCAUCUUGAAUCCCUCACAAUGGAUGAUCAAUAUAAAGGUGGCAGGCAAGAGAUUUCAGUAACAAAAGUAGUGCAGACAGUUUCAGAACGAACUGCUACCCCUGUGUUAUAUGGGGAUGAUAUGCCAGAUGAUCCCUGCCUUAAGGAUUCCCUUACUGCUGUUAUUAAUGCUACACAAGCUGCAGAUCGUAUACAUCAGGUAUUCAGAAUGCAGUCUUUUCAGAGGACCAAAUCUGGACAAGGAGAUCGUUUAGCCAAUGCUGCUGCAACACAGAUACAGAAGAAGUUUCGUGGGUGGAAGAAGAGAAAAGAAUUCUUGAUCAUUCGUCAAAGAAUUGUUAAAAUCCAGGCCCAUGUAAGAGGUCACCAGGUUAGGAAGAGUCUAAAAAGCAUAAUCUGGUCUGUGGGAAUCCUUGAGAAAGUGAUAUUACGGUGGAGACGCAAGGGCAGUGGCUUGCGCGGAUUUAAACCCGAUGCCCUUAAUAAGGCCCCCAUUCAACAGAGUGAUCCGCCGAAAGAAGAUGAUUAUGAUUUCCUCAAGGAAGGAAGAAAACAAAGUGAGGAGAAGUUCCAAAAGGCCCUUUCAAGGGUCAAGUCCAUGGUUCAAUAUCCAGAGGCACGUGCUCAAUACCGGCGCCUGCUAAAUGUUGUUGACGACUUCCGUCAAACCAAGGCAUGUAAUAUGGAUUUAGUAAAUUCUGAAGAGACAGUUGAUGGUGUGGAGGAUUUGAUUGAUAUUGAUAUGCUCUUAGAUGAUGACAAUUUUAUUCCCAUAGCAUUUGAUUGAUUGAUUGAUUCUCUCUGCCGUGGUGGCUGCUGCUCCUCCUUUCAUCCCCACUGUAAAUACAUGGCCAGUUGGCUUUAUUUGGCAUUGGGGUUGUCCUAACAUCGUCUUGGUGUAUAUAUUCCUGAUCAGAAAUGACUUGAUUUCAAUGCUGAAUAUAAAUAGAUAAUCAUAGCUAGCAUGCAUUUUGGUUGUAAUCUAAUAAGACAUGGUUUGUUUUUCUUUUAUGGUUUUAUUUAUAUGACAGGAUCAGAAUGUUUCAUAUUAUAAAUUAGUUCAGGUUUAUAACAUAAAGUGGUGUUAGCUUGCCGAUGUAUAAAAUGGAAUUUGUACACAAAGUGUACUGUGUUGAGAGGAAUUAUAACCGUGUGCUAAAUGCUAA